AUGCCUCGCACAAGUCUGCCCCCAACGCCCGCUGCCUCAACUGAAAUCCAGGGCAAAGAUGGCUCUCCAAUUUCUGCAACAGAAAAGUCCUUCAACCUACCUCCUCCGGCUAUCGAGUCUCAACGAAACAAUGGCACUUCCACUGCUCAGAAACAGACUCAGUCGGCCCUGAGCCCGUGCUUCUCUUUACCUCCACCUCCUACCAGGUCUCGCACCAUCAUUCAAAUGAAGCCAAAGCCGCAGUGCUCAGAAGAUUCAGUAAGAUCCCCUAUGCAGCAAGGUUUGAAAGGUUCAAAUAAGAAGACCUCGACAUCCUCAAGUGCCACUGCGACGGCAGGAAAGAAGCAGCCUAGCUCGACCAGUGUUGCCGGCAAGAAGAUUGCCAGGAAGACAGCGCACAGUGUGAUCGAAAGGAGACGGAGGUCGAAGAUGAACGAAGAGUUUGGGACCUUGAAGGCUAUGAUACCCGCUUGCACGGACCAAGAAAUGCACAAGCUCGCUAUUUUGCAAGCAAGCAUCGACUACCUUCGCUAUCUAGAAAAAUGCAUCGCAGACCUCAAAGCCGCCAACAAUUCUCUGUCGACUCCACUUACACAGCCUCAAGCGCCUCCGCCUCGUUUCGAUGCUGUCACGCCUAAAGAGAACGAUGAGGACGAUGACGAAGAUCAAGAUGAUGAAGAUGUUACCAUGGGUGAUUCAGGAUCCAAUUGCAUUUCUCCGUCAAUCAUGGCGAUUGCAAGUAAAGCAUACGCCUACACGAGUCCUCAGUCAAUUAGCGCAUCCCCUGCGAUAGAAGCACAAUCCAAUCACCACCACUCGUCCUAUGCCUCCUCAGUUUCCACGCUUCCGUCACCUGCUUUCGAACCACAACACGGCCACCGAGGUCCUCAAUCUCAAUUCUCUCUGUCUGCCUCGACGUCUCCAACUAUCAUGCCAAGCAGAGAGCAAGACCAAGAGGCUACAGCUGCAUUGUUGAUGCUGAACAAGGACCGUAGGUAUCCUAAAGGAGGACGGGCAAUGUCGGUUCGAGACCUGCUAAGUCAUUAA